AUGUCUCCCAGAAUUACUAGAGCGUCCGCCAGACAAGCCGCCAGCUCAUCUUCAGAGUCGCCUGGUACCUCUGUUGGAGCUCCGGCACCCGUGGCGUCGACUCGGGCACCACCACCUUCACGCAAACGCAAAGCACCACCACGAGAGUCCAGCCUAGGCCCUCAACCCGAAGCUACCAAAGCCCCCUCCUCCAGACGGACCAAACGACAGAAGGUCACAGAGCCUGACCACCCUCCGCCUCCGCCGACAGCAGCAGCCCCACCCCGUCGAAGAAACGCAAAGGGAAAAACUCCUGCGGUGAUGUCGAGUCCUGGGUACGAUGCUGCGUCCCUGUGUAGGCAUGGCGUGGAUACUGAUGUGGUUAUUAGUGAUUCUGCCGGUCCUUCCAACGAUCCACCUAUUCCAACUGGUAGUGCGGCCAAAAGAAAGUCUUCGAGAACCAAGAAGGGUGGUCAAGGUUCGUCGGGCCUGGCCCUGCCGAGCCCUCUUUCCGAGACUGAUACUAGAGAAGCAGAUAACUCUGCCAAUACGCCGGCCCCGAAUCGUCGAUCGAAGAAGGGAAGCGGCGGCAAUAAAGAUUGCGAUAACACCGUGAAAAAUUCGCUGGAUGACAGGCCCCAUCCCGCGGAUGACGAUGACGCUAGCGAUGAGAACGACGACGAAGACAUGGGGCGCAACUACGACGGUCGAGACGAUGACGAUGACGAUCCAUUCGGAGGGUUUGGAGGACCUGGGGGGCCGCCACACGGUCUGUCGAGCACACUGAGAGCAUUGAGUGGCAUGAUGUCCGGGGUCUCCACUAGAUUGCGGGACAUCUUGAAUAAUCUGAAGCAGAAAGAUGAUCCAUCAAUGCAAUUGAUUGCUCUUCAAGAGCUGUCGGAGAUUUUGCUGGUAUCGACAGAAGACAACCUGUCCGGGCACUUCUCGCCAGACGCGUUCGUUAAGGAGCUUGUGGUCCUGAUGCAACCAUCAGACUUUGGGGAGGAAAAUCCUGAAAUGAUGCUACUUGCCUGCCGCUGUCUCGCAAAUUUGAUGGAGGCUCUACCUGCAAGUACUGCAAAUGUGGUCUAUGGAGGUGCCGUUCCAACUCUCGAGAAGAUAUCGGUCGAAUAUCCAGCAUCUAUCGUCCGUGAGGGGGGAUUGACGGCUUGCCUGACAUACCUUGACUUCUUUGCUACAAGCACCCAACGAACUGCCGUCACCACUGCAGCGAACUGCUGCCGAAAUAUCCCAGAAGACUCGUUCCCGGUUAUCAAAGACGUCAUGCCCAUUCUUUUGAACGUUCUCGGCUCUAACGACCAAAAGGUGGUAGAGCAAGGCUCGCUCUGCGUUUCUAGAGUCGUUGAGAGCUUCAGAUACCAUCCCAGCAAGCUAGAAGAGCUUGUGAGUACCGAUUUGCUCAAGGCAAUUCUUCGCCUCCUGCUCCCAGGCACGACGAACCUAAUCGGGCCCAACAUCCACACACAGUUUUUGCGGGUCCUUGCCUUCACUGCGAAAGCAAGUGCUAGCUUAUCAACUGAGCUCUUCAAGAUGAACGUUGUGGAGACCUUGUAUCAGAUCUUGACAGGCGUGUCGCCACCUAGCGCUACAGAUGAUGUCGCCUCGAAAUUGGACAGCGUCGUUAUCAUGCAGGCUUUGAUCCAUAGACCUCGGGAACAAGUAAUCGAGACGCUAAAUGUCAUAUGCGAACUACUUCCGGGGCUCCCCAGAGAAUCUAAUGCUACUUCCGAGGACGUAUUGGAGACUGAUGGUGCUAUACCACCACCCAAUGGGUCCUCAAACUCCCGAAAAAAGUCGGCCAACGAGAAGCGCAUCGAGCUUUUGGAGGGUUGCAAGGAUGAGGUGAAGCGAUUCACCGUCAUUCUCUUCCCUACUUUGACAGAUGCUUUUUCAAGCACUGUUAAUCUAAGCGUUCGCCAGAAGGUUCUAACCGCGCAGCUCAAGAUGCUCUCCAACCUUGAUACAGAUAUGUUGAUGGAAGCACUCCGAUCUCUUCCGUACGCUUCGUUUCUGGCUGCAAUUCUCUCCCAACAAGAUCAUCCCAGCCUUGUCAAUUAUGCACUUCAAGCUGCGGAGCUACUACUUACUCGCCUAGAUGAAAUCUACCGCUAUCAAUUUUACCGUGAAGGGGUGAUUGCUGAAAUUGCAAAACUAGCAAGCACUGAUUCCGCCCAAAAUACUACUAGCGUGGAACCACGUAUUGAAGCAGUUGAUUCUGCUGUAUCUGAAACCCCUCAGAAAAUCUCUGAGAAAACUGAUAACACUGGCGAAGCUGGUGCGGAUGACGAAGACGACUCCUCAGACAAUGAAAACGACGAGGACAACGAGAACGAUGAUAUCCCAGAUGAUUUCAGCCAGUCCCCAGCAAGCUCUCGGGAGUCGACGAUGUCUUUGGAUGGCCCGCCACGCCAUGCUAUAUCUGAUGUCACUACGAUGCAGCAACUCAUAGCACAGCGGGCAAAGCGAUUCCUAGAGGUUCACGACACAGAGAAGAAUAGCAAGAACUUGAAGAAGAAGGCGACUAAGAUAUUGACAAGCCUACAAGGUCUGGCUCUCGAUAUAGAAUCCCAUUAUCUGCACCAAGGCCCCGGAGAUGGUGUGGAACUCUUUACAAAGCUUGCCUCUCAUUUUGAUGGCGAUGUCUUGGAAAGCGUUACUAGCGCCGAGCUGCUCAACUCUGAAGUUGUUAGAGUACUUCUCGACGUCUUUAAUAGCCCGGAUGAACGCUUGAGUAAUGAUGCUCGAUCAGCAUUUCUCGAAGUUUUCAUGGGUCGAGCUGUGAUGAAGAAUCCGAAGGCUUCAAGUGCGGAAUCCUUAACCACGCCGUUCAGUAUCUUGAUCCAUAAGCUGCAGGACCUUUUAAGCCGAUCGGAGCAUUUUGAAGUUGUUACAGUCCACCAAAAUACUUUUGAUGGCAAUAGAAGCAGUGCUGCUUCGAUGCUUGCCAAACAGAUUCGCCUUAAACUAGUUGCUGAUGACGAUUCGGAGAUACCACGCCCAUAUCGAAAUAUCAUGGUCUCAAUCCAUGCCAUUGCAACUUUCAAGGCGUUGGAUGAUUACUUGCGCCCAAGAAUUAGUAUGUCAGAGCGGCCACGGGGUUCCAGAAGGGACGGCCUUUCUGGAGCUUUAGCUGCGCUAGCCGCCGGUAAUAUCCCGAAUCCUUACGCUGGCGUUCCUAAUGCCCACCACCGUCUUGCAGGACGCGGUGCGGCCUCAGCAAAUGCAGCAACUCCACCUGCGCCUACACCCUCCGCCUCUCGGGGCUCUCGAAAGUCAAAGUCUAAACCGGCCCCAGCUCCACCACCACCUGCGGACGGCCAAACAAACUCCACCCCAUCCCAAGACAAACCUCCAGCUCGCCGAUCAAGCAGACGGAACCAAGCGCAGACGGAACCACCUAUACCUCCUCCUCCGCCUCAGGAAGAAGACAGCUUAGCAAGUGCACUAGAAUGUGCGGAUGAGAGGCAACUCACGGAUGACGAGGACAUGCACGAUAGUGCCGCCCUAGAUGCCAUCAUGGGGGAUUUGGAAGAUGAUAUGGAAGACGACAGCCCUGCUGACCCAACUGCGGUCAAUCUAGAAGUUGCCGCUGGUGGCAAGGUAACUGCACGAAAGGAUGAUGGCACGCGAGUUGCUACACCUUCACAAUCAUCUAGCAUUAACCAACGAAGCGCUUCGGCAUUGCAGUCUGCUGCAGCUCAGGCAGCUUUCUCCACGCCAACCGGGUCAUCCCGACCCAUGUCAUACGCAGCUGCUAUUCAAGCUGUACCGCAAGACUGGCACAUUGAAUUCAGUCUCGCUGACAAGGUUAUUUCGAAUGAGACUACCAUAUACCGGGCUGUGCAUAACCCAUCUGGCCCUGUGGAUGAGCACACUAGCCGCAGUGUUUGGUCUGCUAUCCAUCCGAUCAAGUUCAAGCGCGUUCCUGGGCCACCACCACCUGAGCCAAGCUCUCUCACCCAAGCAUCAGAGAGUAGCACUGAGACGACAGCAUCUGGUAUUCCUGCAUCCUUAGAUAAACAUCCUGCAACAUCAUCUAUUCUUCGAUUAUUAAAUAUCUUACAUGCCCUCAACGCAAAUUUGGACGACGUCUUGGCUGAGAAUAAGGACACCCUAAAACUCAACGCAGAGCCGCUCUCACAGUUUGUCAACACGAAGCUCACUGCUAAGCUUAACCGGCAAUUGGAGGAACCACUCAUUGUCGCAAGCAACUGCCUUCCUAGCUGGAGCGAAGACCUAGCCCGGCUUUACCCAUUUCUUUUCCCUUUCGAGACGAGGCACCUAUUCCUGCAAUCAACGUCAUUCGGUUAUGCUCGGUCAAUGACUCGUUGGCAGAACGCUCAGUCUGCUGAUGAAUCUCGGAGAGAUCGUAUCCGUGAUGAGCGGCCGUUCUUGGGCCGCCUUCAACGGCAAAAAGUUCGUAUUUCACGUUCCAAGAUUCUAGAAUCUGCAUUGAAGGUCAUGGAACUAUAUGGGGCUUCCCAAAGUAUCUUAGAGGUGGAGUACUUCGAGGAAGUUGGAACAGGGCUCGGACCGACACUGGAAUUUUACUCCACAGUUUCGAAGGAAUUCUCUAAGAAGAAGCUCAAGCUCUGGCGCGAGACCGAUGCUAAUGAGAAUGACGAGUACGCAUUCGGUGCCCGUGGCCUGUUCCCGGCACCAAUGAGCGAGGAGCAAGCAUCUAAUGAGAAUGGGAAGCGUAUCCUCCAUUUAUUCAAGAUGCUUGGAAAAUUUGUCGCGAGAUCCAUGAUCGAUUCACGCAUUAUUGAUGUUUCGUUCAACCCGACAUUCUUCCGUAUUGGUGAUGGAUCCAAUCCAGUUACACCGUCCUUGGGUGCCGUCAAGACAGUCGAUGCACAGUUGGCAAAGUCCCUGAAGCUCAUCAAAAAGUUCGCUGUGGCCAAGAAAGCUAUUGAUGAAAAUCCAAAUUUGACCCCCGCUCAGAAAGUUGCCGAGGCAGAAGCACUGCUGGUCGAUGGUGUUCGGAUUGAUGAUUUGGGUCUGGACUUUACUCUUCCGGGCUACUCUACUGUUGAAUUGUUGCCCAAUGGCGCUACCAUAUCAGUCACUAUCGACAACGUCGAACUGUACUUGGAGAAGGUCAUCGACAUGACACUUGGCAGUGGCGUCCAGAGACAAGUGGACGCAUUUAGGGCAGGGUUUACCCAGGUCUUCCCCUAUUCCGCCCUGAGCGCUUUCACUCCCGACGAGCUCGUAAUGCUCUUUGGCAGAAUCGAGGAAGACUGGUCGCUAGAAACUUUGAUGGACUCUAUCAAAGCCGAUCAUGGCUUCAACAUGGAUAGCAAGAGUGUGAAGAAUCUCCUCCAAACUAUGAGUGAACUCACCCCGUCAGAGCGUCGCGAUUUCCUCCAAUUCACAACAGGUAGUCCCAAGCUUCCAAUUGGCGGUUUCAAAGCUCUUACCCCAAUGUUCACGGUGGUUUGCAAACCAAGUGAAGCUCCAUAUAUGUCGGACGACUAUCUCCCAAGCGUCAUGACCUGUGUGAACUAUCUUAAAUUGCCUGAUUACUCCAGUCUGGACGUUAUGCGGGGUCGUAUGAAUAUUGCAAUUAGGGAAGGCCAGGGAGCUUUCCAUUUGUCUUGA